UGACGUAGUUUGUCAUGCGGUCUGCUUGAAGUGGCUCGCAGAGGUUAGGUUCAUUGAUAUUGCCAGCCAUAACAUAAACAAUUUUUAAUUAUGUAUCGUUGAUCGCUACAAGAGACCAGGGGGGAACGGGGCAAAGGAUGCUGUCAUUUUUACGCAAAAUUUCAAUCGGGGGGAAGAUAAGAGAUGGUCUGCCAACAGGGGACGAAAUGGAGGUUACAGAAGGCUUUCCAGACAACAAAAACAAAGUUCUGAUCUCCCAAUCCGACACCGAACUCAAGGAAUCCGUUUAUGACCUACUCAGAACUAUCAAGGACCCUGAAAAACCACAAACACUGGAGCAACUGGAUGUUGUCUACGAAGAGUGCGUUGAAAUUUCCAAACAAACACCCAAUGGAGUCACUGUUAUACGUAUCGAGUUCAAUCCAACCGUUCCUCAUUGUUCUUUAGCAACAUUAAUUGGUCUUUGCAUUAGAAUUAAGUUAGAACGUCAUUUAGUAGCUCUUUUUAAGCUAGAUAUAUAUAUUAAAAAAGGUGCUCACUCCACAGAACAAGAAAUAAACAAACAAAUAAAUGAUAAAGAGAGAAUUGCAGCGGCUAUGGAGAAUCCAAGCUUGAGAGAGUUGGUAGAAAAAUGUAUUCAGGAAGAGGAGUGAAACUUGGAUUAUUUUAUGGGUUCUGGUAAAUUUGGCACUGCGAAAUGACAGUGCCUGGGGUUAAUUUUAUGUGAUAAUUUAAUCAGGAACUGUGAAACUAUUGAAAUCUUGUUACCUUUAAAUUUUGUUCUUAUGUUAAUGGAAUGCUUUCUUACAAAGCGAAUGGUAUUAAGGACAUAUAGUAUUCUGUACACCUGGUGGAGACAAUUUUAAAUAAAAUAAUUCUAAUAUCUA